CUGCUGCUGCUUCUCGUCCACGUAGACGGGGUCCAGCGGCACAACGGCAUGAACCGCAUGCCUCUGCAGCAGCAGCAGCAGGGGCCCAUGUACGGCGGAGGCCAGCUGCAGCAGAUCCCUCCCCACCCGGACAGUCGCGAGGAGUUCAAAGUGCGCCAACUGAUGGGCCUGGAGAUGCAAAAGUACAUGAAUCUCAGUGCCGAUCCGUGUGUGGAUUUCUUCGAGUUUGCCUGCGGCCACUGGGGUGGCUACCACAAGCGCCAGCAGCGCCAGGGGGCAGCCGGGGCCGGUGCCCCACUCGUCACCGCCCAGCAGGUGGUGGAGGCGAAGAUUGUGGAUCAGCUGCAGCAGCUCCUGACGGCCCCACUGCCGCCGCAGCACCAUCCGAACCAGUACAGUGGCGCGACGGCGGCCAAUGUGCGGAAGGUGCGCUCCUUCUACGACUCCUGUGUGGCCGUGGAGGCGAAUGCCGGCGAGCGACGCCGCUUCCUCAUGAAGAUCCUCAAGGACAACGGGGGGCUGCGGAACGUGGCCAACUCCAAUUGGCAGCACAACCGCCACUGGCUGCAGACGCUCGCCGAGCUGCGCCGCAACUACGGCCUGGACAUACUCCUCGGCCUGGAGAUCGACCUCAAUCUGCAGCAGCUGGGCGGCAACAGCAUCUACCUGGGCGAGCCCCGGCUGACCAUCAUACCGGAGGAGCACUGCAAUGUGGUCGCCACCAGGGGGGCCCAUGUGCGCGAUCUGGUCUACGAGCAGAUCCAGCAGCAGGUGGCCGACAAUCUGAGGGAUUGGCUGGCCCUGGAGACGGGCGAGGCGGCACGCAUUGCCGGCGACAUCAUCCGCUUCGAGUUCGAGCUGUGCAAGCACAUGCGGGGGCAGCAGCUCCAGCAGCAGCCGCCGGCCCAGGAGGAGGAUCUGCCGCCAGUGGCCUUGCCCUUUGGGGCACGAUCGCGCAUCGGACAGGAUCGGUUGCACCGGCAGAAGGCCAGUGGCAUUACGCUCACGGAUCUCACCACCGAAAUGGGCGGCUUCUUCGACUUCAAGCUGUACGUGGAGGUGAUCCUCGAGAGCCUGUACACGAGCGUCGUCUAUCUGCGGUCGCCGGACUACAUCAAGCAUCUGGUGCGCACGGCCAGGGCCAACAAUCGGUACACGAUCGCCGCCUACAUCAUGUACGUGGCCCUGAACGAGCUCAACCAGCCGCCGGAGGAGCAUCCCUCCCGGAGGGCCCGCCAGUGCGUGCAGGUGAUGCAGCGCCUGUUCCCCCAGGUCCUCGGCGAGAUGUACCAGCGCCAGGUGCAGCGCGACGAUGCCAAGGACGACCUGCAGCAGGUGUUCAGUGAUCUGGUGAAGGCCUUCGAGCAGCAGCUGCGUGUCGACUGGCUGGACGACAACGAUCGACGGGCGGCCAGGGCGCGUCUGGCCCAGUAUCACACACUGCUGCCGGACUACCAGAAUCUGGAUCUCGCCGAGCUGCAGUUCCAGAAGUCCGACGACUACUGGCACAAGCUGGAGGUGGCCCUGCGCUUCAGGGCCCGCCAGCAGCUGAACGGCCUGCGUGGCAAUGACUUUGGCCAGGAGCCCGAGGGCGGCCUGGUGGAUGGUUUCGAGGUGCGUGCCGCUCUCGUGGCCCGCCAGCAGGCGGUGCUCGUGGGCUGGGGUCUGCUGCAGGCGCCCUACUACAACUACCACUAUCCCAGGGCCCUCAAGUAUGCGCAGCUCGGCCAGCGGCUGGCCAGUGCCCUCGUCCAGGCCUUCGAUGACGAGGGCUGGAAUCGUCAUCCGCAGGCCACAUCCCCGUGGAACGAGCUGACAAUGUCCGGCUAUCGGAAUGUGACAGAGUGCCAGCGGGCACAGUACAGCAACUAUCUGUACAAUCAGCCCGCGGAGUUCCGCAAUGCCACGCGGCUCAGGGAGAUCAUGGCCGACAGCAGCGGCCUGAAUGUGGCCUUCAAUGCGUACCUGGCCUGGCUGGAGCAGCAGGACAACAAGCCACGUCCGCUGCUCUACAAGGAGACCCUCCCGGAGCUGAACUUCACCAACACGCAGCUGUUUUUCCUGUACUUUGCCCAGACCCGCUGCUGGGCGAGAUCCAACCAGGAGGCGGUGCCCUUCCUCGAGUCCAUGCCGCUGAUGCAGCACACGGCCGAGCGCUGGGAUGUCAAUGGGCCGUUGAGCAAUUCCGUGGAGUUUGGACGCGAGUUUGGGUGUGCCCUGGGCACCCAGAUGAACAGCGGGGACAAGUGUUUGGUUUACUGAGAGAUGACGAGGCGUUAAAGUGGAGUCCGAGGUGCCUCGAAGGUUGCAUUGCAGCACACAACAGAUUUCUAUAAAUAAUCCCCCAAUCGUCAGUCAGGAACGUGCACGAUGAGGGCUUUUCUCUGUAUGGCUUUCUGUGUCAAUCGAAGCACUUGAGCGUGGAGACGACACCCGCCCGACCGCCCGACCGCCGGACGAGACGUGGCCUGGACACAGCCACUCGAGCACGCAGCAUGCGGCAUGCGGCAUGUAAGCGAUAGGCCCGUGGCUGAGUAUCACUCGGUUCGACCCUGAACCAUUCGAUCGAUCAAUAUGUGUGGGGGCGAUGCAUGCCUCAUGCCGCACGCAUUUCCGCUUAAUUUAAGACGAGGCUUACCUGCAACGACACAAGAAAUUUUCAUAGCAUAUAAGUAUAAAUUUUGUAUAGGAAAAAUAAAUAUAA